GGAGUAUGGCAUUAAAGGCAGAUCGACUUCAGUCCCGUUGAUUGUGAACGCUUCCGUUUCGGAUCCUCCCUGUUUACAGCUGGAUAUUUACACACUUUCUGUCACAUUUCUGGAUUUUAUCUCGAUAUGUUUCCGACUUGAUCGUGUUCGUGAACCGAACGAGGUUUAAAGCUGAAGCUACAAAUCUGUCCUUUUGCACUUUAUUGUAGCUUAGCUUAGCUUGUUAGCAUCGUCGGAGGUUUAAAUGUCAGACGCGCUUCGUCCUGCUGUUUAUUUCUGUUAGUUUUCAUAUAAAUUCAUUUUCUUCUCUUUUUUUUUUUUAAAUUUUUCCUUAUUCUUAUCAUUCAGGAAUAAUAAUAGAGUAAUUACGACAAUUCUGCUGUUCUGUAUUAUUAUUAUUAUUAUUAUUAUUAUUGUUAUUAUUUCACACACAACAUAAAUAUACAGCUGAUGACCAACUAACUGUUACUUAAACCGUAUUUUCUGCUCAUUUACAUUAAUAUCGGUGUAAAUUCGCACGCAUUCGAUUUAUUUCCGUCACUAAGCUUCUUGAAGGCUGCAGGAAAUCGAGGCACUUGUUUAUUUCUGCUGCUGUUUAUUAUUAUUAUAAUUAUUAAGUGUUAUUCCUCAUUAAGACCUCUUAUAAAGUCAAGCUGCUUUUUAAAUGCCUUUUUUUUGUAAACAUUUUUAAUCCGAUUGCCUAUUUUUUCGGACCCUUUCGGAUCUGAUGUUAAACGAUUUGAGACGACAAAUGAAUAAGUAAAUAAAAAUAAACCCCGCCCCCUGACACCGUGCUGCAAAAAGAAUCAUCCACUUCCUGUAUAACAGCACUAAUGGCAGCUCAAGCACUUCCUGUUCCUCUGUUUCCCAUAAGACCCUGCAGUUUUCUUCUCAUAAACCCUCCAAAGAAAUUCCUCCACUAAAGAGGAAUUGUGUCAACACAUCAACCAGCACUUCACAGUGCUGCCCAAUCAGAGUGGCCUGGAAGCCCAGCAUGAGAAUUUGCUCUGUGGCGACCAAACCACAUCCCGCAGCGUCCAUACCAAUUGCAAUCAAGUGAUUAUUGAUGAAAAGGUCACUAAACGUUCUUCAGAAUCAUUAGAAUGUGUCGUGGAUGCUGACACAUCAACAUUUGUGAAUAGCAGCAUGAGUAUGGCUACAGGAGCUAGCCAGCACAGUCACUACCCAAUCAGCAAAGCAAGUGUUAAUCACUCCUCAAGUAUGUUCUCUAGUCCUAGUGGCCCCAACAGGGGUUGGGUCUCUGAGGGCAAAUCCGAUUUGUCCAUGGGUACCAGAGGCCAGUCUAAUUGGGGCUCUUCAAAUAUAAACCUGAACCCCAGCGCUAACCCUUCCGCAUGGCCCAUACUUGGACAUGAGGGCUCUGGGGUGGGGACCAGGCCUGGGGGUAUUGGUGGGUCAAAUUCAGUCUCAUCCAAUGUCUGUGGUCCAGGGGGCAUCGCACCAAUUCAAGGCACCAAUGGAAAUGGAAACCUUGUAGGAGACUGUGCUUGGGGAAAUCCAGACACUCCAGAGCAGCACCAAUCCCCAAAAAGCAUGACUUUCAGCAUGGAGCCCUCAAACCUUAAAAACGAUGGACUGAACACUAAAGCAGAGCCUAUGAGCCCUGUGGAUGGUUGGGGGCGAAAUAUGAGUCAGUCUCCCACUGAGCCAACCACUGGAGAUGGUACUGCUCGGUGGGGUAAAGGAGACACGAAGAGUGGAGAAUCCAAAGACUCUGGCUGGGAUUCUGGUGGCAUCUCCUCUUGGGGACAAGGGGGAGGUGAUGCAAACUGGGGCCACUGGAACAAACAGUCAGGCACAGAAGGUACUGGGUGGGAUACAAAUGAGGGUCCCAUUCAAGAGUCAAUGAAUUCCUGGGGUACCGAUGCUCCAGGCAGUGAAGGUAGCAAGGACAGCAAUGAAGGACGUGAAGGGCAGCGUGAAAGGUCCUCCAGUAUGGAUGUUCCACUUCUGCCUAGACCGGACCUAGAUCCUCGUGUGCUGUGCAAUUCUGGCUGGGGUCAAACCCCUGUUCUGCAGCACACAGUCUGGGAAAUGGACGAAAAACUUGGCCCCAAGGAUGAUGGUGGCACUGAAGCUUGGGGUACUUCCUCUAAUGCACCUUCAACUGGAUCACCACCUCAAGCAGGAUGUGCCAAUACCAAACUAAAUGUGCCUCCUAGGAUGGACUCUGGGAGCAAGUCUGAGGCGCUUUCUCGGGUUAUGUCAACACCACGCUGGGGAGGAUCCUCCUCACCAACAAAUCAGGCAAGCACUGGGUGGGCAGAGCCACCUGCUAAUAAGAAAGUGUCCAAUGGCUCUGUUGGUAGUUGGGGAGAGCCAAUGCCAGAUGGCCCCAACACCAACAGUUCAGGUGGCCAGUUUUGGGGCUCACAGGACAAAUCCUCAACCUGGGAUGAUGGUCCUUCCCAAGUAAAGUCACAACCUGGAGGAAAUGGGCCUAGUUCUUCCUCAGGGUGGGGAAAUUGUGCAAGUGGAGAUUGGGGAGAGCCUUCAGAAGGAAAGAUGGAAAGUUCUCGUAGUUCCUCUUGGGAUGGAGAUGGUGGGAGCUGGAAGGAAACCCAGAAGGGCUGGGGAAAAGCAGCUCCACUGGGAGGUGAAAACUGUCGUGACUCCCAACACUCAAAUGGUCCUGUACAGGGUUGGGGUGGAAAGAGUCCUCAAGAGUCCAUGGGCUCUUGGGGUGGCCCAAAUUCUUUGAAGCAGAGUGGUUCUAGCUGGAGGUCUGCAGGAAGACAGGAUCCAGGGGAUGAGUCUACAGGCUGGGAAGAGCCUUCCCCUUCCUCAAUUCGAAGGAAAAUGGAAAUCGAUGACGGAACCUCCACAUGGGGAGAUCCAAAUUCCUACAGGGCCUGUGUAAAUAUGUGGGACAGAAAUAACCCCUCCUCCCAGGGCAACCCCAGCAACAAUGGGGGUAACAGCAUCAACCAUACAGGUCCUAACCACCAUAGCCACGCUCAGACUCCGAAGCACUCCGAUGGCAACAAUGGUUCUUCUAACCAGCUAGGACCUUCACAAAACAGGAUGCCCAAGAUGAAUCCAGGCUGGGGGGAUCUCCCCAACAUUCAGCCCAAAUCUGAGUUCCGGGGAGAACCGGACUCCUCGAACCCUACAGUGGAUAACGGCACCACAGCAUGGGGGAAGUCGCCUAAAGCUGCUGGAGUCUGGGGAGAAAACAGCCACGAAUCCACUGGAUCCUUUAGCAGAGGCUCAGGAACCUCUAAACCAGCCCCCAAAUCUAUGCAGGACAGCUGGGGGUCCGGCGGGGAGGAGAUCGGCAUUAGCGGCAGCCAGUGGGAUGCUGAGGAUGGGGACAUGUGGACUAGCCCCGCCUCCCAGGACAACACUUCUUCCUCUAGUUCCUGGAACCAGCCCAAGAAAGCAGUACAGAAGGGGAAAAUACCAACCAAACAGGAUGAAGUUUGGAUCAUGAACCGACUGAUUAAACAGCUCACAGACAUGGGCUUCCCUAGGGAUCCUGCAGAGGAGGCACUGAGAAGUAACAACAUGAAUCUAGACCAAGCUAUGAGCGCUCUGCUGGAGAAAAAGAGCGAUGGAGAUAAACGAGGGAUGAGGACGCUGUUGUGUCGCCCCCCUAACCUCGCAAAAGACUUGUCACUCGACCGAAACACCUUUCUAGACAAGGACGGUGGAUUAUCAGAUGACACGCCCACAUCACCCUUUAUUCAUUCUCCUGGCCUCAAACUGACCAAUAGCAGCCUUCCUAGCCAUGGCAUGGGCGGAGUCUCACCAGGACUAAUGCAAAACUUAAACAGUAGACAGAUGAAUGGAAUGUUUGGCAGUAAUGGAGCAGCACAAUCCAGGGCUCCACCCCCUCAAGCACUAAACUCCACCCAUCAUCCCCCACUACGUGCUCAAGUGCCUCAGUUUCUCUCCCCUCAGGUUCAAGCGCAGCUCUUGCAGUUUGCAGCAAAAAACAUUGGCCUGAAUCCUGCACUUUUAACUUCACCGAUAAACCCUCAGCAGAUGACCCUGCUUUACCAACUCCAACAACUGCAGAUGGCAUAUCAGCGUUUGCAGAUUCAGCAGCAGAUGAUGCAAGCUCAGCGAAAUGUUUCUGGUUCCAUUAGACAACAGGAGCAGCAAGUUGCACGUACAAUCUCCAACAUGCAGCAGCAGAUUCAGCAGCACCAGAGGCAGUUAGCUCAGGCCUUGUUGAUGAAGCAGCAGCAGCACCAGGCCUCGUCCUCUCACUCUUACCCCAGCCUCGGCAAGCCAAACCUGGACACCUUCCCAGGAAACUCCCAGGCUUCAACAGGCCUGUCCCUGUCAGACCUGCACACCAAAGAGCCGCACACGUCUCCCAGCUCCUUCGGCCAGUAUCCUCUGUCUGGAAUGAAUGGGAGUGUAGGUGUGAGCUGCAUGGACGCUCUGAAGGACACUCAGCCUCAGCCUCAGUCUCGUUUAUCCCAGUGGACUCACACCAGCUCCAUCGACUCCAUCAGCACCACCACCAGCCCCAGUGCUCCGUCCUCGAGCCACGCUGCCAACAUUAAACCUGUGAUGGAGGAUUCUUUUAGUGCUUACAACCUGAUGUCCAGCUGCCAAUCUCCCAGCAGCCCCAUGGGGGCACCAGAGAGCUGGCCACCGGGCAAAAGCACUAAUGACAAAAUGGCCAACGGGACAAAUGUCAACUGGCCUCCAGAGUUUUGUCCAGGAGUUCCCUGGAAAGGUCUGCAGAAUAUCGACCCCGAGUCUGACCCCAACGUGACCCCAGGAAGUGUUUCUGGCUGCCCCACUAUCAACACCAACAUUCAGGACGUUAACCGUUACCUGCUCCGGGACAGGAAUGGAGGUAAACUGUUAGACAUGAAGUCCACCUGGUCUACAGGUUCCGUCUCACACACUCAGGCUUCACUGUCUAAUGAGAUGUGGAAGAUCCCUGUGGGUGGGCGGAGCUCUGGAACUGUGCCCCGCCCCCCACCUGGCCUCACUAAUAACAAACACAACAACUGGACACCUGGACCACUGAGCAACAGCUGGAGCAGAGACUACAGCUCAGAGACCACUGGUUGGAACUCUGAUAGCUCCAGCAGGACCAGUAGCUGGCUUGUGUUGCGUAAUCUCACUCCUCAGAUUGAUGGUUCCACUCUGAGGACACUGUGUAUGCAGCACGGUCCUCUCAUUACGUUCCACCUCAGUCUGCCACAGGGGAACGCGCUGGUGCGCUACAGCUCUAAAGAGGAAGCAGCUAAAGCUCAGAAAUCCCUGCACAUGUGCGUUCUGGGUAACACUACCAUCUUGGCGGAGUUUGCCGGAGAGGAGGAAGUGACUCGUUUUUUCUCUCAGGCUCAGUCGUUCCCACCCUCUGGCAGCUCCUCCCACCCCACCCUGGGGCAAUGGGGCACAUCGACCACCAAGGGAGGUGGUAACCCAGGGGGUGGAGCUAACGGGGCUGGGGCGGAGCUGCUGUGGGGCGGAGUCCAGCAGACAUACUCCAGUUUAUGGGGGCCAAUCAAUGGGGAGGAGAGUCGAGUGAUGGGAAGUCCUGUCCCUGUGAACACGCUGCUCCCUGGAGACCUGCUGAAUGGAGAGAACAUGUAGACCACACAACAACAACAACAACAUCAACAACAACAACAUCAACAACAACAACAUCAAAAACAGCAACUAAUCAGUUUAAGGAUAAUCACUUUCCCUGGAUCUGUUUUUUUAUUAGAAGUAGAAACACAAAUAUUAGAAGUAGAUUUUUUUUAUUGAUGUAACAGAAGUAAUUGUGAACUGACUGGAAAGCUUUGGAGGAGUUUUAUUUGAAGAAAAAGAAGAAGACGAAGAGACGAGGCAGCCAUUUUAAACGGAGUUAAAACACCUCACAGCCGUGCUGUCUCCUCACCUGCUCCUGCUUUAAUCUCUUUACCUUCUCUGUGAUUUUUUUUUAAAAAACUUAUCAGCCUUAAGUGUCUCAUUUUUAACUUCUUUAAAAAAAAAAACAACAAAAAAAAACAACAACAAAA